UAGCGGACAAUCCGGCCAGUUUAACAUACAUUAUAUGGAGUUCCCACUUUGAAUAGUUACAAGCAGCACAUUGGCCAUAUUUUUUUCCUCUAAACUCAAAACCUAAAUAAAACAGGUUUUGCUUUCAUUUACGUUCUCUUGCCAUCAUUUAGUGUGAGACACGAAUAUAGAGGCAACCGGCGUUGGCCCAACCCACAUGCUUCUCGACCCAACUUGCAUCCUUAGUGGGCCGGGCUAAUAUUUUAACUCGUACACAGCUCCGAAAGCGAACAGUUAAUGAUCCAACGGUGGAUUGGCUCGAAGGAAAGCGAAUCCUUCUUUUUCGCGCGAAGGAUGCAAGUUGGAUCCCCCAAGGACUCUUAGCUGCGUUCAAGUAACCGCGAUUACAUACAGCUGGAGCACGCCUGGUCGCCGCUUUUUAAACCCCUAACGCCUCCUAAACCCCUCUCCAAUCACACCGCGCUUAGCAAGAAAUAAAGGCAUCCUCGCCUCCUCCUCCUCCUCUCUCCCCCUUUCCUGAAAACCCUUCCCUUCUUGAAACCCAGGCGAGCGAACGCCGCCGAUAGCGGCGGCCCCCGGCGCGAGCGUCGGCAUGGACUACCACUUCCUGGAGAUCAACCUUAUAUGCGCCCAGGGACUGAAGCCGCCAGCCGGAUUUCGCCGCGCCCAGGCCUACGCCGUCGCCUGGGUGGAUCCCGCCUUCAAGCUCCGCACCCGCGUCGACCGCACCGGCGGCGAGAAUCCUACCUGGAACGACAAGUUCAUCUUCCACGUCCCCGCCGGCUUCCUCGCCGACGACUCCUCGUCCGCCGUCUCCGUCGAGAUAUAUGCUACCGCCGGCUGGAUCCUCACCGACUCCCUUCUCGGAACCGUCCGCCUCCUCGUCGGCAACCUCCGCCUGCUCUCCCGCCGCGACGGCUGCCCCGUCUUCGACGCCGUUGGCAUCCGCCGCCCCUCCGGCCGCCUCCACGGCGUACUCAAUGUAGGCGCCAUGCUCCUCCGCCGCGUCCCCCUCGUCGCCGCCGAGGUCCUGGGCGCCUGCCCCGCUGUUAGCUACCUCUCCCUCAUGGGCGAGAAGGGUUUCAAGAUCAGGCGCCGCCAGGCGGCGGCGCCGAGGGACGACCCCGCCGCCGGGAAGGAUCCGGCGCUUAAGCAGUGGAACGGAGAGACGAUAUCGUCAGACGGCGGGGUUGAGGCUGAGGAGAUAUCGGACGGUAGGGUGGUGCCGUGCGGGCCCUGCUUCCUGGGGUUCCCGAGGCGGAUCCAUCGGAGCCCAUCUGAUCAGAUCUUGCAGCUCUCCUCGACCGAGGAGAGCCCUGGUCGAUGAUGGACUGUCCUGAUCUCUGAGCCACCGCCGCUGUUGAUUCGUCUCUCUCCGUUUUAUUCGUUUAGUUUGUUUUUGCUUGCUUUUGUUAUGAACUCAUUGGUUAUUCUUUAAAUUUGCCAAUUCUAUUGGUGAUUUUGUGGACAUAAGAGACAACACAUUGGAUGAUAUAUUUAUGUAAAUCUUAGUGUUAAGAAGUUUUGAGGUUU